GUUUAGUAUUUGUUUGUCUCUGAUGGUCUCUGACAAGCGCCACGCUUUAGUCAUCGGAGGCGGCUUCUCCGGCAUGUUCGCUGCCAACGAGCUCAAGGGUCGUUUCGACGUCACCCUUGUUGAUGCCAAGGAGUACUUCGAGUACACUCCUGGUGUCCUCCGUGCUUAUGUCAAGCCUGGUCAUUACGACGCUCUGUCAUUCACUUACCAGUCGAUCUUGGAGCGCACUAUGGGCAUUAAGUUCCUCUGGGGUGAGGUUACUCAGCUCGACGGUGAGAAGCAAAUCGCUCAUGUCAAGCCGAUGUUCUCCGAUCACACUGAGGAGGUCGCCUUCGACUACUGCGUCAUCGCCGCUGGUUGCACUUUCGGUCUCUUCUCCAAGUGGGGUGAGUCUCUCUGGGCUCCCACUGUCAACGAGGGUGCCAUUGCCGAGUCUGAGUGGAAGCACAUCGAUGAGCGUUUCAUCGAGGGUCGCCGUCGUCAUAUCUUCGAGGAGCAUGAGAAGCUUGCCGCCCUCAACAAGAAGAAGGCCAACGUUCUCAUUGUCGGUGCCGGUUUCAUUGGUGUCGAGUGGGUCACUGAGCUUCAGCACUACUUCCCCAAUCUCAAGCUCACCAUCAUGGAUUUCCUUCCUAAGUGCCUCGGACCCCUUCCUCAGAACGCUGCCGACUACUGCGAUAAGUACAUGAAGCAGCAUGGAAUUAAGUGCUACUAUGGCAUGAAGUACGCUCCCAAGGAGGAGGGCUUCUUCGAGAAGAUUGGCCUCACUGGCGAGCCUGACUGCACUUUCGUCUGCAUUGGCACUAAGGCUUCCAACUGGUUCAUGCCUAAGGAGUGCUUGACUGGCUACAACCCCUUGGAGGAGGACAAGAAGGAGAAGGACCCCAAGAAGCGCGGUCCCGGUGGCGGAGGAUGGAUUCACGUGAACAAGCAUUUGCAGGUCUACAAGGUUAACGAGGAUGGCUCUCAGUCCCUCUGGGGUAACGGUCACAUCUUCGCCAUUGGUGAUUGCAACAUGGUCCCUGAGCUUCCCCCGAUCCCUAAGAUCUCUUAUCCUUCUGAGGAGCAGGCCGCUCAUGCUACCAAGAACAUUAAGAUCUUGGACCACCUCGAGCAUAAGGGUAAGUCCGUUGGCGGCUGCUGCGGGCUCGGUGGUGCCAAGGACCUCGUCACUACUUGGUGGCCUUGGGGUGCUGGUAUGUUCGCUACUUCUCUCGGACCUAACAAGGCCUGCUUCGUUUUGGGUGCUAAGUCUGCUCCUGGCACUGGCCAUAUGGUCCUCUGGGGCAAGCUCUCUGCCAUCCAGAAGGGUCUCAUUGAAUCCACUAAGGUCAACGAGAACAAGCGCGGCAUCAUUGGCAGUUGGGGUUGGCAUUUCGUCCAUCAUACUCCUUUCAUGAACUAGAUUUAGUUUCUUGGAGUCCUCUUUUGAGUAACUGUCCGUAUGUGACUAACUUUGCUCGCAUUUGUUAUAAG